CUGCUCACCUCUGCUCUCUUUGCGACCGCGGCACUUGCGGCUCCCUCGUCUCGUUCGCGCCUCGAGCAGCGUAUGGCCCGCCGUUCCUUGGGUGCUCACCUGUCCAUACCCAACCAAAGGAUAACUGCCGUUGCAGACGUUACGGGGCCGGAGACUGAGGGUAUCGUAUACAGCGGCAACUGGGCUGGUCCGGUCUACAGCGGCAAUGGUGGUACCUACACGGCUGUCACCGGAACCUUCACUGUUCCCACGCCCUCUGAGCCGGUUGGCGGUCUUGGCCACUAUGGUGCCUCCGCUUGGGUUGGCAUUGAUGGCUAUUCAUGCGGGAUCAUCCUUCAUACCGGCGUUGAUUUCAUGGUUCAUAACGGCAUAGUCUCCUACGGUGCCUGGUACGAGUGGUACCCUGAUGCAUGGCACGACUUCCCCAACAUCAGUUUCUCUGCUGGCGACGAGGUCCGUGUUACUGUCACUGCCACCAACACGACAUCCGGCACUGCAGUCAUUGAGAACCUGACCACCGGGGAGACUGUCACUCAGGACAUCACUUCUUCGUCGGCUCUGUGCCAGAAGAACGCCGAGUGGAUCGUGGAGGACUACUCCGUGGGCGGGUCUUUUAUACAAUUUGCCAACUUCAGUUCCGUUACCUUCACCAACGCUGUGGCUACCACUUCCUCCGGCUCCACUCAGGACCCCAGUGGUGCGACCCACAUCCUCGACAUCGAGCAGAACAACGAGGUCCUGACUUCCGUCACUACCGGCACGAGCACCACCACCAUC